UAAAACCGUAUGUAUGCCGUACGUGUGCCGUACAUAACUAAGUAAUCAUUGAGGUUAUAUAGUUUAAGAUUACUCAACGACAGAAAAUAUUAACAAGAACUUUUUAUAGCUGUAAAGAAAUAACAGAUUGAGGGAGGUAGGUUAACUUAAGCCUGAUUCUAGACAAAUAGACAAUUUAAUAGAUGAACAAGAGCACACAAUUUGAUGAUUUUGGAUAGAAGAAAAGAGCUAUAGUAUGAUCGAUGAAUAGAGUGCAGUCAAAAUAUCAUCACAACAAUGGUUAACUGAAACUGAUCGGCAGGUUUAUGCUCAAGAUAAAAGCCAGUUAAGUUUAGAAUGGAACUUGGAUAAGCAAGGACAAAAAAUAUUUUAUGCUACCUGGAAACUUGUUGAUGAAACGAACACUCCCCUUCAAACUUUAUUAAGUGUUGAUGCAAAAGGAAAUAUGAUUGUUACAAGCAGUAUUAAAACUAUCUGUAAUCCUGCAAAAGUGUUUGUUGAUUAUUUGAAUAUUACUUUUUUGAGUCUUGAUCAGUUAACUGAUAAUCGAAUUUUUGUUUCAAUUGACUUUAAUGGACUUGCUGUACCAUUAACUGAUCUGCUUUACAUAAAUUACGUAGCUCCUCUAAAAUUUACACAAGAUUUGCCGCCAAAUGUAACUUACAUAGAAGAUAGUGAAUCGUCAAAAAACAUAUCUUUUACAGUAGUUGCAAAAGGAAACCCAAAACCAUCUCUUUACUGGAAGUUCAAUGAAAAAAAUAUUACAUCUUAUGCUGACUUUGUUCUUAGCAGCGAAGAGCUACCGUUUGAUGGUUUGUAUAUGUCAAUAAGAAAUGUUCUUUUUGUAAAGCAAAUAAAAGUGGAGUAUAUUGGAGUAAUAAAUGUGCUUUUAAAAUAUGGCGAUGAAACUCAACAAAGUCCACAAAUAGAAGAGUAUGUAGAAAUUGAUGUUUGGUAUCCUCCAAAAGAAGUCGUACUGACAUCAAACUUAACAACAUUUUUUGUUCUUACAAAUUAUUUUGUUAAUCUUACUUGUUCUGCUGGCGGCAACCCUCCUCCUCGAUACACAAUUUCAAAAGCCGAUACAAUUUUAUUUAAUAGUUUAGAUAAUUCUGUAGUUACGUAUUUAGACCCAUACGAAGAUUCAUUAGCAUCAUUCCUUUGUAUUGCAGAAAAUAUCGUUGGAAAAAAUCAAAGUAAUGUUUUAAAUAUACGCGUAUUUAACGGUUCAGAUUAUAUUCGUCAAGAUUAUGACACGGGAGGAAAUGAGUGGUGGAUCUAUUAUUUAGUUAUUGUAGCUGUGACUUUAGUUGUGUUUAUUGGUUUUGUUGGAACCAUAUUUGUCGUAAGAAGAAAAAUGCGCAGUAUGAAUAUUAUGCAACAAACUUCUCAAUUACGUUUCAGAAGCAACCGAAGUAAUUACGAACGUGCAGCAAUGCGAAAUAACAGACCUAAUCACGGAUAUGAUUUGAAUCAAAGGGGAGCUCCAGAUGGACAACGCGAUACAAAUGUAUAUUCAACAGGAUCAAUUAUAAAAAGUUCAAAAACAGCACCAAUAUCAACUAUUGAUAAUGAAUACAAUUUUGGCGGAGUAGUUAGAAAAAACUCCGUUCAGCCGUUACCACUUAAAGAUUUAAAUAAUCCUAAUGUUACAGACGAACUUAGCGAUAAAUCUGUGGUAUCGAGCUAUCAAAAUAACGGUUUUCAUUAUUAAUUAAAAAAAAAUAUUACGAUGACGAAUGUAAUUGAAUCAUCUAAACAAUAGGCUAAAACUAUUGUUUUACAUUUUAAUGGCAACAUCUGUAAGUGAAAACGAUAUCAUCCGUAAUUAAAAAUAAAACUUUAUUUAUGAUAAAAGCUGUAAACGGAAAUACUCUUUUCAAAUAAACGUUACUGUAAGUAAAUGCUUCCAUACUGUUUAAUAAAACGCAUUAUUAAUAUAUCAUAAAUAAAAGACUGUUGCGGUUAUCAGUAAAAAAUCAAUUGAGUGUAUCCAUGGUAGCAUAACUUACAGAAAUAUAGCGUACACUUAUGAAUCUUGGCCCACUAACUUGUGAGCCAUGAUACAAACAAAUUACUUACUGAAGUAAUACAUUAAUAUAUAAAUAUAUAUUUUUUUAUUUUUA